UGGCUCCUCCCGCAGCGUCAGCAGUACACGCGCUGUUGUUGUGAUUGACAGACACAAGAGGAGUCAGGUUGAACUUUCGUUUUGCCGUCACAAAUAUGUUAUAAGUAAUUAAACAACGAUGUCCGAAAUACUGAUGAAAGAAAUGGAGAGUAUCUCGAUCAGUCCAAUGAAGGCAGAGGAGUGUCCAGACGGUGUCCGGAGCUUCCUGUUGGUGGAUGAACAAGAAAACCUGCAGGUACGAGAUGAGUCUGAGUUUGUGGACAGACUUGGCUGUGGGGACGUGGCAGGAGUCAAGGUCCUCUCCAUCUUUGGCAACACCGGGGAUGGAAAGUCACACACCCUUAACCACAUCCUAUUCGGUGGAGAGAGCGUAUUCUACACGUCCAAGUCCCCCAACUCCUGUACGGUGGGAGUAUGGGCCGCCUAUGACCCUAGCCUCAGCUUGGUCUCCUUGGAUACUGAGGGCCUGUUGGGGGCCGCAGCUAAUCAAAACCAGAGAAUGCGACUGCUGUUAAAGGUAUUGGCAGUGUCUGAUAUAGUAGUCUAUCGUACACGGGCAGAGCGCCUACACAACGACAUGUUCCAGUUUCUGAGCAAUGCCUCGGGGGCCUACCUGAAGCACUUCACCCCGGAGCUCAGGGCCCUCUCUAGUCGCUGUGGUCUGGACGUGCCCCUCUCUUCUCUUGGGCCUGCCAUCAUCGUCUUUCAGGAGACCACCCACACCCAGUUGCUUGGUCAUGAUUCAAAGGUGGCCGGCCAUGCCGACAUGCUUCUCCAGAAGCGGUUUCACGAUCUGAGCUUGGGGACAGAGGCCUUCAGCUCGGUGCAGUAUGUUGGCACCCAGACCAUCACGCCUCCCACUGAUUACAACAGGCUGCUGGAGGCUGUGAGGCAACAAGUAAAGAACACUCACACACGCUCCCCCCGUCAACCUGGGAUAGUGUUUCACGCUCUGGAGGCCUUAAGUGAGCGUUUCUGUGGGGAACUGUUAGACGACAAGAUGACCCCUUACUCCUUCUUCCCAGACGAGUACUUCACCUGCUCCGCUGUUUGCCUCAGCUGCAACAUUCGCUGUAAAAAUGGAAUGAACCAUCUGAGAGACAGGGUCCCCCACAUGGCAGAUGGACUGUGCCAGUAUGUACACCAGUACAACAACAAGGUCCUUAUCUGUAAGAGGUGCUAUGAAGGAGGCAGAGAGGUGAUUGUCUUGCCCAAGACAACAGCUUCCACUGACAACCCUUGGUUUGGACUGGCCAAGUAUGCCUGGUCAGGCUAUGUGUUGGAGUGUGCUAGCUGUGGUGUAAUCUACCGCAGCAGACAGUACUGGAUGGGAAACCAGGACCCUGAGAGCGGCGUGGUGCGAUCUGAGGUUAAGCAUGUCUGGGAGGGGUCGGACACAUUUCUGACCAACCAUCAGAACGCUGCCCAGAGGGUGCUUGAUGGGAUGAACUUUGUGAUCCAGUCAGUGUCCGAGUACAGCACCGGGCCCACCAAAGCAGUCACUGCCUGGCUUACUGACCAGGUGGCACCGCAAUACUGGAGACCCAACACAGAGAUCACUGCCUGUCAUGGCUGUCGGAAGGUGUUCGAAGAGGCAGAGAGGAAGCACCACUGCCGAUCAUGUGGCGAGGGUUUCUGCCACCCCUGCUCCAGCCACAGGAUGCCGGUGCCAGAGAGAGGCUGGGGCAGUGGCCCUGUCAGGGUGUGUAAGGCCUGCUACCAACAGGGAGGGCCAGCUGACAGCCAGGUGUGUAAGGUGGAGCCUCGUGGUCUGAUAGCUCGCAGGGUGACGGAGGUGGCCCAGUCUACAAUGGACAUGGUCACCACAGCAGUGGACUACCCUCUCUGUUUUGUGAAAGGUGUGGCUCGGCCAGACUACUGGGUGCCAGACCAGGACAUCAUCCAGUGCAACCAGUGCUCCAAAACCUUCACUCCAGCAAUGUCCAAGCAUCACUGCAGGGCCUGUGGGCAGGGUGUGUGUGGCCCCUGCUCCUCACACAUCAAGCCUGUUCCCUCCCGAGGCUGGGACCACCCAGUCAGAGUGUGUGACAACUGCCACGCCCGCACGGAUAGUCUGUGAGCUUUUGGAACUGGGAGAACUUGUUUUUAGAUAAUCCACAAAAACACUGAAUACUGGCACUGCUGCUCCAAGAGAACAGGGAGGAUUUAUUAUGCAGCAUUUAAUAGACGGACUGUUCUGAAGCUUAAAGUGGUCCCCACCUGGGUACCAGGCCUGGUGUUUUAUCAGUGCUGAGUGCUGACCUAGGAUCAGCUUUCCAUCUCAUCUGCCUUCCUUCCCAACUGAUUCUACAGCGGUUGUGGGGUCAAAUCCAACAUAGAUCACCUUCACUACAGCCUUACUGGACCCGUCAAACUGUCCAACUGGACAAAUGGAAAGCUGCAUAUGUGGUUUUAACUGACCGGGUAUUUAGAAAGUGAAGACAUACUAAACUUUUUCACAAUUCACAUUAUAACAGCUGAGCUUGAACUCUUUAAUGCAAUCAAGUACAGUCUUCCUUGUUCAUUAAUCUAUGUGUUUGCGCAGCCCUGCACCACACAACAAUGUCUUAAUUUGACCAAUUUGUUG